CCCACAAAUCCAUCGGGCCACUCACUCGACGUCUAGCUAGAGCAAGCCAGAUUGGUAUAUUUUUCUCCACCACAGAGAAAGCAAAAGAAAAAUGAAGUUUUUUUUUGCGACUUUCCUGUCUGUUUCCCUGGUUUUGAGCUCAUCUUUUGUCCAACUCUCCUUUGCUAUACCCGUAGUACCCACUCCCACACCUGCUGCCCCCGUCCCUCCUCCUUCACCUGCUCCUCCGAGUGUCUGCGAUAGCAAGUGCGGAGAGAGGUGUUCCAAGGCUGGAAUUAAAGACCGCUGCCUCAAAUACUGCGGGAUAUGCUGCCGAGAAUGUAACUGUGUUCCAUCAGGGACCUAUGGCAACAAGUCGGAAUGCCCUUGCUACAGAGACAAGUUGAACUCCAAGGGCAAGCCCAAGUGCCCUUGAGAGUUCAGUAGAGUUGCACCUAACAGCACACCUUCAUCGGCUUUCUUAUUAUCUCAUUCGUUGCCAAUAUUAGUUCAGUUUAUGUGUGUUGGUUUUGCCACCUUUGGCUGCCUUCUAAGUUCCCAUCCACCGCUCCUCGGGAACGCAAUAUAUUAUUCGUUAUCGUCCAUUAAUUAUAUAUAGAUUUAUAAUUAAUUCCUUAUCAAAUGCUAAAUAAAUGUGACUUCAUUUUGUUUAGUCAAAAA